CCUGGGGCGGGCGGCAGGGGGCCGGUGCCAGGUGGUGGGGAGGAGGCCCCGGGACCUCACAGGGGAAGCCGGGGACGGCGGGGCUGCACCCUGUCGGCCACGACGCUAGGCCGGUUCCUCAAAGGCGCAGCCUCUGUACGGAGCGGGCUACGCCGCGUGUGUCGCCCCGUUUGUGGGGGUCGCGGAGGAGGGCUUGUGCGCUUGCGCGGUUCGCGCGCUGAGCCUUGCGGGAGGGGCAGUUCUCUGGUCUAGCGUGUGCGCAUGUGCGCGUGUGCUAGGGCGCCUGGUACCUGGGCGGGGAAGGGCCGGUGCAGUGGACCGCCAGACCGACAGACUCCGUUCCACGUUCUGCAUUCAUCCUCUUUAGGUUCCGAACUGCCCUCCAGUCAGGUCCAUCACUGCAUCUUGCUGUAUCUUCAGAGUUGUCUCCGUCUUUCCAAGAACAGAACAAGAUGAACAAGGUAGAACAGAAGUUCCAGGGGUCAGUAUCAUUUAAAGAUGUGACUGUGGGCUUCACCCAGGAGGAGUGGCAGCACCUAGACCCUAGUCAGAGGGCUCUGUAUAGAGAUGUGAUGCUGGAGAACUACAGCAACCUUGUCUCAGUGGGGUAUUGUGUUCAUAAACCAGAGGUGAUCUUCAGGCUGGAACAAGGAGAAGAGCCAUGGAGACUGGAGGAAGAAUUCCCAAGCCAGAGCUUUCCAGAAGUCUGGACAGCUGAUCACCUGAAAGAGAGGAGCCAAGAAAACCAAUCUAAACAUGUGUGGGAAGUUGUAUUCAUCAAUAAUGAAAUGCUGACUAAGGAACAAGGUGAUGUAAUAGGAAUACCAUUUAAUGUGGACGUAAGCUCUUUUCCUUCCAGAAAAAUGCUCUGUCAGUGUUACUCAUGUGGAAUGAGUUUCAACACUGUUUCAGAACUUAUCAGUAAGAUAAACUAUUUAGGAAAAAAGUCUGAUGAAUUUAAUGCCCGUGGGAAAUUGUUACUCCACAUUAAGCAUGACGAAACUCAUACUCGAGAGAAAAAUGAAGUUUUGAAAAAUAGGAACACACUGAGUCAUCAUGAGGACACUUUGCAGCAUGAGAAGAUUCAAACUUUAGAGCACAAUUUUGAAUACAGUAUAUGUCAGGAAACCCUCCUUGAAAAGGCAGUAUUCAAUACACAGAAGAGACAGAACGCAGAAGAGAAUAACUGUGAAUAUAAUGAAUUUGGGAGAACUUUGUGUGAUAGUUCAUCCCUCUUGUUCCAUCAGAUAACUCCAUCAAAGGACAAUCACUAUGAAUUUAGUGAUUGUGACAAGUUCCUAUGUGUGAAGUCCACCCUUUCUAAACAUCAUGGGGUAUCUAUGAAACGCUAUGAUUGUGGUGAAAGUGGGAAUAAUUUCAGGAGGAAAUUGUGUCUGUCACAGCUUCAGAAAGGUGAUAAAGGAGACAAACCCUUUGAAUGUAAUGAAUGUGGGAAAGCUUUCUGGGAGAAGUCAUAUCUCACUCGACAUCAGAGGGUGCACACAGGAGAGAAACCCUUUCAAUGUAAUGAAUGUGAAAAAGCUUUCUGGGAUAAGUCAAACCUCACUAAACAUCAGAGAUCACACACAGGGGAGAAACCUUUUGAAUGCAAUGAAUGUGGGAAAGCCUUUAGCCAUAAGUCAGCCCUCACAUUACACCAGAGAACACAUACAGGGGAGAAACCCUAUCAAUGUAAUGUGUGUGGGAAAACUUUUUGCCAGAAAUCUGACCUCACUAAACAUCAGAGAACACACACAGGGCUGAAACCCUAUGAAUGUUAUGAAUGUGGAAAAUCCUUCCGUGUGACUUCGCACCUUAAAGUACACCAGAGAACUCACACAGGUGAGAAACCUUUUGAAUGCCUUGAGUGUGGGAAAUCCUUUGGUGAAAAGUCAAAUCUUACACAGCAUCAGAGAAUUCACAUAGGAGAUAAAUCUUAUGAAUGUAAUGCAUGUGGGAAAACUUUCUACCACAAGUCAUUACUCACCAGGCAUCAGAUAAUUCAUACAGGGUGGAAACCUUAUGAAUGUUAUGAAUGUGGGAAAACCUUCUGCUUGAAGUCAGACCUCACAGUACAUCAGAGAACGCACACAGGGGAGAAACCCUUUGCAUGUCCUGAGUGUGGGAAAUUCUUUAGCUAUAAGUCAACCCUCUCUCAACAUUAUAGAACACACACAGGAGAGAACCCCUAUGAAUGUCAUGAAUGUGGAAAAAUCUUUUACAAUAAAUCAUACCUAACUAAACAUAAUAGAACACAUACAGGGGAGAAACCCUAUGAAUGUAAAGAAUGUGGAAAAACCUUCUACCAGAAGUCACAACUCACUCAGCAUCAGAGAAUUCACAUAGGGGAGAAACCCUAUAAAUGUAAUGAGUGUGGAAAAGCUUUCUGCCAUAAGUCAGCUCUAAUUGUACAUCAGAGAACCCAUACACAAGAAAAGCCCUAUAAAUGUAACGAAUGUGGAAAAUCUUUCUGUGUAAAGUCAGGACUUAUUUUCCAUGAGAGAAAGCACACAGGGGAGAAACCCUAUGAAUGCAAUGAAUGUGGGAAAUUCUUCAGGCACAAAUCAUCACUCACAGUACAUUACAGGGCUCACACAGGAGAGAAAUCUUGUCAAUGUAAUGAAUGUGGAAAAAUCUUUUACCGUAAAUCAGAACUUGCUCAACAUCAGAGAUCACAUACAGGAGAAAAGCCCUAUGAAUGUAACAAAUGCAGGAAAACUUUCUCUCAAAAGUCAAAUCUCAUUGUACAUCAGAGAAGACACAUAGGAGAAAACCUUAUGAAUGAAAUGGAUAUUAGAAAUUUCCAGCCACAAGUCAGCCUCCAUAAUGCCUCAGAGUAUUCACACUGUGGAGAAAGCCCUGUUGACAUCCUGAAUGUUCAGUAACUAUCCACAAACUCGCCUUACAUUAUUCCAAAGUAAUAGUAGGGGAUAAACCCAUAAACUACAACAAUUAUAGGACAGCUUUUGUUAGGAAGUGAUAUUCUGUGUAAUAUCAGAUGGUUAAUACAGGCAUAACACCUUACAGAUUUUUUUGAAUUUGUGAAAAUUUUUGGCAGAAAUACAAAUAAGAUUAUGUUAGAAUUUACACUGAGCAGAAAAUUGUCAAUUUAAGACAUCUAAAGUGAAAAUUUUGCUUAGAAAUAAAAUAUGACAAGUUCUGUUUUGAGUUUGAUGCCAUAAUAGUUUUUAGGGCACCUAACAAUAAUUUAUAGAUGUAUAUUGUGGAAUGUAAAGCUUUAAGAACUUAAAAAAAGUAAUAAUUAAAAUAACCUCACAAGAAGUUUAA